UUUUAAACUCCAGCCUUCACCUCUCUCCUGCUCACUUCACAGUGCGGUCACAUUAGUCCUUGCCUCUCUCUCUCUCACCCUGCACUUGUGUGCGCGCGUUUGUUUGCAUGUGUGUGUUUGCACGUGCGAGCCCCGCGGUUUAUUUUCUAGCAGCGCACCCACUUGUAACACCCGGCUCGGCUGACAGGCAACUUAUGUGAAGAGAUUGGAAGAGACGGAGAGAGAGAGAAACAGAUACACAGGGGAAGAAAGAGAGAGAGAGAGAGAGAGAAAAGAAGACUUGGAGAAGUUUGGAGAGGCGUGCGGCGGAUGAUGGGUGUGUGAACACCGCCCCCCACCCCCAUCCCCUUCUCUGUCUCUCCUCCGGACGGUUGUGUGCGUUACAGCACAACUUUAUAGCGCGUGUGCCUCUCCCUCGCUUUUUUUGUGGGAUAGGACAACAGAGGACGGGACAUAAGAGGACAGAAGAACAGGAGAGAGAAAAGACGAGAAGAGAGGGAAGAAGAUUGGGAAGAGGAGAAGAGAGGAAGAGGAAGGAGGAGGAGACGCCACCUGCUCUGCUCUCCGUUGCUUCAGCUUCUGCCUCCUCCGCUCCAGCUCCACGCGGCCUCCAGAGGACCCGCAGCUGCACGGGAGUUUUGGAUCAUUUGCAGUCUUCUGGCCAACAGUAGAGGAGGAAGAACAAGAAGAAAAUAAAAGAAGAGGUCGAAGAGGAAGACGAAGACGAAGAGGAGGGUUUGGAAGUGCACUCUCUUGACAGGACUUUGCUGGACUACAAAUUGCCACUGCAGUAUUGCUGCAGCUUUCAGCAGAAGUGCAAGACUUGGCCCAAUUCACACGUGCAGGAAAACAAACCAGAGAAGAACACGGCACACGGAGGUGCUGUGAAGUGAGCUCACCUUAAUCCCCGCUGAUAAUCCUGGUGGCCGUCACAAUGACGACCCAGGGCCUGUCCCCGGCCCGCCUCCUGGUGUUCCUCGGGGUCCUAGUGCUAGCCCACGCGUCCGUCUUCCUCUCGGGUCAGAGGCUGAAGCCGCGCUUCCAGAGGGACCGCCGCAACAUCCGACCCAACAUCAUCCUCAUCCUCACCGAUGAUCAGGACAUCGAGCUGGGCUCCAUGCAGGCGAUGAACAAGACGCGGCGCAUCAUGGAGCAGGGGGGCACGCACUUCUCCAACGCCUUCGUGACCACGCCCAUGUGCUGCCCGUCGCGCUCCUCCAUGCUGACGGGGAAGUACGCGCACAACCACAACACCUACACCAACAACGAGAACUGCAGCUCGCCCUCCUGGCAGGCUCAGCACGAGCCCCGCACCUUCGGGGUCUACCUCAACAACACCGGAUACAGGACAGCCUUCUUUGGGAAGUACCUGAACGAGUACAAUGGGACGUACGUGCCGCCGGGCUGGAGGGAGUGGGUGGGCAUGGUGAAGAACUCACGCUUCUACAACUACACCAUCUGCCGAAACGGAGUCCGGGAGAAACACGGCUACGAUUACUCCAAGGAUUACCUGACGGACCUGAUCACCAAUGACAGCAUAAACUACUUCCGGGCGUCCAAGAGGGUGUACCCCCACCGGCCCAUCAUGAUGGUCAUCAGCCACGCUGCCCCCCACGGGCCGGAGGAUGCAGCGCCGCAGUACACCACCGCCUUCCCCAACGCAUCGCAGCACAUUACCCCGAGCUACAACUACGCCCCGAACCCGGACAAGCACUGGAUCAUGCGCUACACGGGGCCCAUGAAGCCCAUUCACAUGGAGUUCACCAACAUGCUGCAGAGGAAGAGGCUGCAGACACUGCUCUCGGUCGACGACAGUGUGGAGAAGGUGUACAACAUGCUGGUGGAGACAGGCGAGUUGGAGAACACCUACGUGAUCUACACGGCUGACCAUGGCUACCACAUCGGCCAGUUUGGCCUGGUGAAGGGCAAGUCCAUGCCCUACGAGUUCGACAUCCGGGUGCCAUUUUACAUACGCGGACCCAACAUAGAGGGAGGGACCAUUAACCCCCACAUGGUGCUGAACAUUGACCUGGCCCCCACCAUCCUGGACAUCGCGGGCCUGGACAUCCCACCCGACAUGGACGGCAAGUCCAUCCUCAAGCUGCUCGACACCGACCGACUGGCUAACAGGUUCCAGUUCAACAAGAAGGGCAAAGUGUGGAGGGACUCCUUCCUGGUCGAGCGCGGGAAACUGCUGCAUAUGAAGGUGAAUGAUGGGAAAGACGCCGUGGCGCAGGAGGAGAACUUCCUGCCCAAGUACCAGCGGGUGAAGGACCUGUGCCAGAGAGCUGAGUACCAGACACCCUGCGAGCAGACUGGACAGAAAUGGCAGUGUGUGGAGGAUGCCACGGGCAAGCUGCGCCUCUACAAGUGCAAAGGGAUGUCCAACUCCUCUCCGCUGCGUAAGAACCAGAGUGGCUCCAGCAUGAAGGCUCAGCUCUACCAACGCAGCAGCAGUAGCAGCAGCAGUAGCAUCAGCACCAGUACCACCACCACCACCAUCACCACCACCAGCACCCGCACCUUCGGCCCACCCGACGGCUGCAACUGCCGGCUGCCAGUCUACCGCCCCAACCCCUUCAAGAAGAGCAAGCUGCUGUCCAGGAAGAAACUAAAGGCUCUGAAGAGCUACUCCCGUAACCGCUUCACCCGUGACGUUGCCAUGGAGCUGGGAGGUGACCUGUACGCGGUGGACCUCGGUGACCCCUACCAGCCCAUGGCCCCCAGAAACCGCAGCCAGAACCGGGCCCCGGGCUCCCUGGACAAUGAGGAGGAGGAGUUCAGCGGGAUGGGGGGAGUGGCCGUGGCAGUUACCGGGCCCCCACAGACGCCCAACAGCAAUGGACUCACGCUGCCCAGCUCUAUCAAGGUUACUCACAGGUGCUCCAUCCUGUCCAAUGACUCUGUGAAAUGUGACACGGGCAUAUACAAGUCACUGCAGGCCUGGAAGGACCACAAGCUGCACAUUGACCAUGAAAUUGAGACGCUGCAGACGAAGAUCAAGAAUCUCCGAGAGGUCAGGGGUCACCUGAAGAAAUCCCGCCCAGAGGAGUGCGACUGCAACAAGUACAUCUACAAAAGCAAGUACAAGAGUAAACUCAGGAAGUACAAAGGAGAUGCCGUACAUCCAUUCAGCAGGAAGGAGAGGAAGGAUAAGAAGGCGUGGCUGCUGCAGGAGCAGAAGCGUCGUAAGAAGCUGAGGAAGCUGCUGAAGCGCCUUCGCAACAAUGACACCUGCAGCAUGCCCGGCCUCACCUGCUUCACCCACGACAACCAGCACUGGGCCACACCACCCUACUGGACCAUGGGCCCCUUCUGUGCCUGCACCAGUGCCAACAACAACACCUACUGGUGCCUGCGCACCAUCAACGAGACACACAACUUCCUCUUCUGCGAGUUUGCCACCGGCUUCCUGGAGUACUUUGACCUCAACACCGACCCUUACCAGCUGAUUAAUGCGGUGAACACUCUGGAUCGGCACGUGCUUAAUGAACUGCACAUCCAGCUGAUGGAGCUGAGAGGCUGCAAAGGCCACAAGCAGUGCAACCCCCGCACUCGCAGCCUGGACCUGGGCGAUAAAGAGCGCAGCAGCUUUGAUGAAUACAGGCAGUUUCAACGUCGCAAGUGGCCUAAAGUGAGGAAGCCCGUCUCCAAAUCACUAGGACAGAUUUGGGAGGGCUGGGAGGGCUAACUCCCCUGAGGCCUCGAAUCCAGCCAAUCAGCAGGAGGAGGCGC